AUGUCUCUCUUCACAUCAAACCGGAUCGUGGUCAUCGCUCUGCUGCUAGGGCUGGGUACAGCUUGUUAUACAGUCCCUAAUCUCCUCCACCGCGUGAAGAAUGAAGCGCGCGCGCCAGAGCCACAACCUCCGGCUGCGACCAAGCGCCUACAGAAGGAUUCCGAGAACUCGCUAAAGAUCGAGACUCUACGCACCCUGGCCGACGGCUACGGCUAUGAACUGCGUACUUCGGCGAUCAAGAUUGUCGCCAGCCGCACUGCCAGGUCUCGCACGAAACGCCUACUCCUGCGUGACCUUGCGAGCAAAGACUACACUCGGCGAGACAACGCCAUCAACGGCCUAUGGAUGCUUCUGUACCACCCGUCACUGAGCGAAACCAAAGUGUCGAACGAAUUCCACGACGCCAAAGUGGCCGCAGCGACGGUUCGGGCGCUCAUCAACGUCUUGCCUCUACACAACAUCAACCAACAUGAACCCCAUCCGGUCGAGAAGAAACUGCCAGCGUCUCCGAUUCGGCCGGCUCAUCGGCCGGCGCAUGAAGUGUCGCUCCUCAUCAUUCUCAACAAUAUUCUUUCCUACGCUGGGCGGAGGAUCACGCGGCCAUUGCUAGGUAAUGACACGAUGGAAGCCGCUCUAGGCGCCGGACUCGUUACACGCUGGCUGGCAAACUACCCUUUCCCCUGCGCCCUGCCUGAGAAUUCGGACUUCAAUUUCAAGAAAUCCGACGUAGCCCGUCUGUUCGACCGCAUGGCCUGGCUGACCGACGACCCUUUGAUGGCGGACAUUGUGCUCGAAGUCAUGCAAUAUCCUCGCGGACGGAAGGAAAUGCGCGACGCCGGCCUACAGGCAAGCAGAUACCGCGAAAACGUGGGUCGCGGCGCCUACCAGUCCAGCUGGGACUUGCCCGGCUGGGUGACAGCCGCUGAGGAGGACAACGACGUGCGUAUGGUCGGCGGCGAGGAUACAGCGGGGAUUACAGACUACGACGAAUUGGUGGGCCAUGGCGACGAAGGGUCGGCACGGCCACGAUCUACGGAGCGGAGUCGUGAAGAGGACCAUCUGCGACGUCGGCAUCGCGAAGCCAUCGUCGUCGCGGAGCGUGGCGCUCCUCUGCGCAGAGAGAAUAUCCUGCAGCGCGAAAACAGCCAGGUCCUGCAGCCUAUGAAUGGCAUAAGCGAGGUUGAAGGUGUUCUGAAUGGACUGCUGGGUCUCUCGGACGAUGCCAGGCCGCACGAAUCGCCUGUCUCUAUGUCGGGAGCCCUCGGUCUCAUCCCGGGCCAGGACGACAGCCGUGCAGCUACCGAGCUCGAUCGUGUCUUGGAAGUCCGCGAGAUCGAGGAUCUGAUCGAGCAGUCUCUAAGCGACCCCGAGCUCCGUCGGGCAAUUGGGUCGUUGAGGUCUGACGAUCCAAUUAUGCUCAUUAAUCCUGCUUCUGCCCCCAACACCGAUUCCGAGGAAGACUCCGGUCCCGGGCACAGGUCGUGA